UCCGGAAGUGAUCCCCGAGGACCGUGUGGCGGCGGCGGACCCGGGCGGCGGGGCCAGGUUCGGGACCAUGAGCUGGAUUCCUUUCAAGAUUGGGCAACCCAAGAAACAGAUUGUCCCCAAAACAGUGGAGAGAGACUUUGAGAGGGAGUAUGGAAAACUGCAGCAGCUGGAAGAGCAGACCAGGAAGCUGCAGAAGGACUUGAAGAAGAGCACCGAUGCUGACCUGGCCAUGUCCAAAUCCGCUGUGAAGAUAUCCUUGGACCUGCUCUCCAAUCCCCUCUGCGAACAAGACCAGGACUUUCUGAACAUGGUGACAGCCCUGGACACGGCCAUGAAACGGAUGGACGCCUUCAACCAGGAGAAGGUGAACCAGAUUCAAAAGACCGUGAUUGAGCCCUUGAAAAAGUUCGGCAGUGUCUUCCCGAGCCUCAACAUGGCGGUGAAACGGCGGGAGCAGGCCCUGCAGGACUACAGGAGGCUGCAGGCCAAGGUGGAGAAGUACGAGGAAAAGGAGAAGACGGGGCCAGUGUUGGCCAAACUCCACCAGGCCCGAGAAGAGCUCCGGCCGGUGCGGGACGACUUUGAGGCCAAGAACAAGCAGCUCCUGGAUGAGAUGCCGCGCUUCUACAACAGCCGCCUCGACUACUUCCAGCCCAGCUUUGAGUCCCUGAUCCGAGCACAGGUCGUCUACUACUCUGAAAUGCAUAAGAUCUUCGGAGACCUGACCCAACAGCUUGACCAGCCUGGCCACCCUGAUGAGCAGCGGGAGCGGGAGAAUGAAGCUAAACUGAACGAGCUCAGAGCCCUCUCUAUUGUGGCUGAUGACUGAGCCCCGCCCCUCGGAACACCCCUGGAACAUAAGUCGGCUUCUCUAGUCUUUGCCCUUUUCAAGCUUAGGCUCAGGCAUCAGCCAGCGAAAGGCCAUCCCUGGGAGAAAGCCCCUCCCCUACCUCACCAGCCCUUUGGAAUGAGCCUGGCACCUGGAGCCCCAAGCAGGCUGCUGACUCCCCACCCAUAGCAGGAGCCUGCAGACAGGUAAGCAGCCUAUAAAAACCUGAGAGGCUUUUUUAUUUCCAGAAGAACCGUCCACAGUGCCUCCUGGUCCAGGGCCAGCGCAGGCUGCCCGCCUGCAGGGGACAUGGGCUCAGUCAGCUCACCUGCGGUCUCGGCCUUGUGUGCAUGGCUGGGGUCACAUCUACCUCCACAAGACCGUCCUGGGCACCCACCCACCCUGCUGCCCUCCCACUUCCCUCCUUUUCUGGGAGAGGGCCGCAACACUGUCCUGAGAAUGAGUGCUGUGGUCCCCCAGCCUCGACAGGCCCCUCACUCCAAGCUCCCAGCACGACAAAGGCUGGCUUUUGUCCUUUUGGUCAAGUGCAGGGAAGAUCCCGCCUUGUAGGUUCUCUAGGAAAUAGAUUCAACUCUUGUAAAUGUCCAAUCCACAGGCCUCAAAGCAACAACAGUGGGUUUGUGUCUCACCUGAAUAUUUGGAAUUUUUUUUUCCAGUAAAGUUUUCAAUAAAAUGUU